AUGCCAGCUACGUUCAGAAUCAAAGCCCAACCAAAGCACUCUCCAAAAUCACUCCCAAUGAAGUCUUCCACGGUUGCAAACCAGAUGUAUCUACUCUACGCAUCUUUGGCUCCCAUUGUCAUGUCCGAGUCUUACCCGAAUUCUGAAGGAAGCUUGAUGCCCACUCUAUUGAUGGCAUACUCUGUGGUCUGGAUUCCCUCCAAGAAGAAGUUCAUCUCCUCUCAUGAUGUCAUAGUAUAUGAGAAAAUAUUCAGCAAACCCGACGACGAACACAUACCCACCCCUCCUCCUAAUAUCCCUACUCCAAAAUGUGUUGCACGUCCAUCGUGGAAGAAACAGGCAGCGGAAAUCCAGAAAGCCAAGUCUGAGAAGGAGAAAGCCGAACGCAAAACCAGACGCAAAGCACGAGCCCAACACCAACACAAAACUGAUGCCAACACCUCACCAGUCGAGAAUACUACUGUUGGCGAAGUUGCUCAGCUUUCCUACCUUGCGGCAUAUGGCCAACGAAUUCCAGAGCACUUCCAAGCUGCUUCUGCCAGUGCUGAGGCAGAACAAUGGUGGAAGGCAAUGCACGAGGAGUUCGAGAUGCUGCAGAAGAGAGGUACCUGGGAACUGGUCGAGAAGCCAAAAGGUCGAAAGGUGAUAGGAUGCCGGUGGACAUAUGCCCUAAAGCUUGGCCCUGACGGAGAAAUCACCUGA